AUGGAGACCGUGCGGAACAUCCAGAAUCCCAUCCCUCCGGUGAUGCUGCAGCCAUCUAAGUGGCUGUCGCUCUAUGAGGACUUCGUGACCAAGAACUCCAGCUCGGUUGGUUCGGUCGAGUCUGCCCUGAGGUCGUUGACCUAUAUCAUCCCAGGUGAGAUUGGUUUCGGGUCAUUGUUAAAUGGACGAGUGGAUUCACUGACAUCCCUUUUUUUCGCCAUGCAGGAAGAUAUCGUGAAUCAGAAAUACCUUCAGAAUGCGGUUAUGCAUUCCGGAGUGCAGCUUCUAUCGCUGUACCAUGACUCCCUCGUAUCUCGAGUGAUGUCUCGACUGCCCUCGACAGUCCCGCGACCCCCGCCUACCCCCCAUGCCCGAUACACCAAAUACUGGACGUCGCGGUCCUCGCUGUACCAGCGAGUCGCUGUCGCGCUGCAGAUGCUCCAGUACACAGAACUUCUGUGGGAGAUGGCAGCACGGCGGCGCGGCCAGAAGACUCGGUGGCGCGUCGUUGUCUUUCUUGAAUUUGCCAAGGCAAUCUGCCGCCUGCUCCUGAUGCGGCUGACCAACUCGAGGCCGUUGGUCAAUCCUCCGCUGCCAGAGCGAGAGGUGGACCCCAGGUUGACACAGGAGGAGGAACAGAGUGACUGGAAUGGCAUGGAAACUCCCACGAGCGAACGCUCCUCGGACCUUAGCUGGACGAUGCCUCGCACGGGGCUCUCCCUGCCAUCUCUCCCGGAUGUGAACGACGUGUCGAACUAUCUCAUCUCAAAAGUUCUCACUGCGGACGAUAUCAAGCCCCCCAAAACAUUACUGCAUCGUGUCACCGGGCAGGGACAGCUGGCAGAGGUUUUGUACAUCCUGCGACCAGUUGUAUAUGCACUGGCACUGCAGAGAUGGAGCGGGGACCGACGCAGCUGGCGGCCGUGGCUGAUUGGAUUCGGCAUGGAGUAUGGUUGCCGGCAGCUUGCUAAGCGUGAUUUCCGCGAGAGAGUCGCAGGGGGCCUUCGGGGACUGACUGGACUCGAGCGAGAGGAACUGAGGAAGCGUGGAUGGUCCAUGGGCUGGUGGCUGUUGCGAGGCGCAUUCUACGAGAACAUCACCAAAUCAUGGCUGCAGAGUGUGACCAGCAAGAUGGAGGGUAUGCCGCUCCUGAACUUGGUGAGCAGUGUGGUGGAGGACUACGAAUACUUGUGGGACAACUACUAUUUCUCCACCGCCACUAUGUGA